AUCUCGCCUCGCAGGCUAAGAGGCUAUGACCGGACGGGACGCGCAUUCGGAUGGGCGCACCGGGAGUAGGGCGCUGGUACCGGGCGGUUCCUCCACCGGAUCGCGUUCCCGGGGUUUCGCCAUCACCGAUCUGCUGGGCUUGGAGGCCGACCUGCCGGCACCCGCCGGUCCCGGGCCAGGAUCAGGAUGCGAGGGCCCAGUGACUACUCCGUGCCCCGAUCCGGGGCUGGGUGGCUCCUGCAUAGCGCGCGGGGCUCUCCCACUGGGGCUGGGCCUCCUCUGUGGCUUCAGCGCACAACCACCCGCUGCUGCUCGGGCGCCCUGCCUGCUCCUAGCCGACAUGCCGUUCCUGCCACCUGGGGGACCAGAGCCUGCUGCCCCGCAGGUCCCCGGCCGCCCGCCACCCGCUCUUGGCCGCCAGAAGCGCUGCGAGAGUGUCUCGACGUCCGAUGAGGAAAGUCCACCUGAAGACAGGAGUGAUCCGAAGGCAUCUCCCACCCUAGGGAAGAGGAAGAAGCGGCGGCACAGGACAGUUUUCACCGCUCACCAGCUGGAAGAGCUGGAGAAGGCAUUCAGUGAGGCCCACUACCCUGAUGUGUACGCUCGGGAAAUGCUGGCUGUAAAAACUGAACUCCCUGAAGACCGAAUUCAGGUCUGGUUUCAAAACCGGAGGGCCAAGUGGCGCAAGCGGGAGAAGCGCUGGGGCGGCAGCAGUGUGAUGGCGGAGUAUGGGCUGUAUGGCGCGAUGGUGAGACACUGCAUCCCGCUGCCGGACUCAGUGCUCAACUCCACAGAAGGCGGCCUUCGCGGCGCCUGUGCGCCCUGGCUCCUAGGGAUGCAUAAAAAGUCCACAGGAAUGAUAAGGAAACCAGGAAGUGAAGACAAAUUGCCAGGACUCUGGGGCUCUGACCACCUCAAGGAAGGUUCUAGUGAUAGUCAGGCAGGACACCAGAGAGGCUCAGACAAAGCCAGCCUUGAGAAUGGCUUGGAAGAUGUGGCCAUUGAUCUUUCCAGCUCUGCCAGACAGGAGACCAAGAAAACACACCAGGGGGACAGUGCUCAAGGAUGCUCUGACUCCACUGGGGUAGAGGGGCUCCAGCCAGGGAAGGUUGGUGACCUAUGAGAUCCACAGGCCCCACCCACAAAGGCUGAAAGUGUGCUUAUUUCUCACUGGCAUUUUUCAAAAGACAACAGUGGUCUAAGACAAAUACCUUCAGUUCAGUUUUCUCUUAAUGGAGUCAGGAUAAAAUGCAGGACCACUUGUUUUAAGAGGACAAAUGGAUGAUUUAGGGACAAUUCCUUUUUGUUCUAGAAUGGAAACCAUUUCUUAAAGGUACUUGGAACCACUUCAUUUGGUAUAAAAGUUUGAUUCUGUUUUGUGGAACUUGGGCAGGCAGGAUUGAAAGUUCAAAAGACGAUAUACUGCUUGCUGCACAUCAUUUGAGAUGUGGUUCAGGAUACUAUGUAGAUAAAUAGGAUAGGUCCUCACUCUAAAUUAGAGAAUAAAUUAUUUUUAACUUCCAGAAGAAUCAGACAUCUUUAUAAUGAAGACUCCAGAAAAAUAUAUGAGUGAAUUACAUAGUAUCUUCCUUCAAUUUGGUGUUGGACAUUUCAGUUUUCAUGUUAGGCAAUAAUUCUGUGUUCCAAGUGUCAUUUGGUAGGCUAUACACAUUGGAAGUCAUAAACAACAAAGAAAGCCAUUCUCCCCUUCACCUUCUGAAGUAGCUGGGACCAUAUUUAAACAACUGUUGAGUAUCUGGAAACAGUUUUCAAAGUUCAGACCAGGCUUCUUGAUCUUCUUAAAUUUUAUGUUUGAAAGCACUUUAGUGACUUGGUUUUCAUGAACAUUUCCU